AUGUCCCUCGUCCAAGAUCAUCAAGUGGAAGAAAUCGAUUUUGAUACAGACAUUCUGGGACGAAGUCCUCCACUGUCGGCAAUCAAACCACAUUUGGGCCUAGUAGAGGAUAGCCCGCCACCUCUGGUACCCUACGACCCGACACCAGAGUCUAGUGAGUUGGAGGAAGAGGACAAAGCGGGUGAACCUAGGAGGCAGAACAAUCGACCCGACAUUGCAAAUCAUGCUGGAAGGCAUCCUCUAGACUCUCAAAGCGAUUCCGAGGGAGGAAGUGAAUCAGAAGAAAUCGAUGAACCUUCAAAUCCUGGACCAAGUCAUAUGAGGAGCCAGGAAAGAGCCGUUCAAAAUGUGCCGCCUGUCAUGCACAUGCAGUCAAUGGUCCUCGUAGAGGGUGCGCCUGUGGUUACUAGGAGAGAUGAUUUCCCUAUGGUCGAUCCGCCAGGGCCAAUAUCUGCUAGCAGACGAGUACACACUCCUCCAACUACGCUCUCGUUGUGCGAAACAGACACUCUGCAGAGGUCACUAUCAUGUCCCAAACCAGAAGACAGUCGAAAGAAGGAGUUCGAUCUCAAACCUCCACCACUCGCACUCGAUUCACUCCACUCCCCUCGUGAACUUGGGCGUGGAGAUGAGGACUCGAUCGUAACAUCUCCUGCUUUAGGACGAUUCGCAAUCAAACCUCAAAAUGCAGAUCCAGAUGCCAUAACAUUACCGGCCCUGCACAGAUCUCCUCCUCGUUCCUCACCCGCCGGAUCACCUGAUAACAGACAAACUCUCCCGUCGAUACGAAAUCUGACAAUCCCACAUUUCAAUGAUCCAGCUUCCAUGAGCCUGGCAGGAUUGUCCCCGAUGCGUUCACCUCACAUGACUGAAACUCCAGUAUCGUAUCUUCAUUCUCCACAUCAGGGCCCGGGAAUGUCACCCCCCGAACACCCCUCAAGAUACGCCAGUAGCAGUUGGCGUUCAUCGACUCGAGAUAGCUCUAUCUCCACCUGCUCCGAAUACGCUACGCCUUCUUCCGUCAGCACUUCCACACCGGGCUCGUCUAUUCAUCUCACGCAAUCACCGGCUACGUCCUAUCCUGGUCCUUUAUCCACUCUGCCGGAGCAGGAAGUUGUGAAGCAACUGUCCCAGGAAGAGAAACCCCUUCAAGACUCUGCUAUGGAUUCGCUGGAUCUGCAAGACAAUUCAUUGAUUCCUGGUCCUUUCAGGUGUACCUUUCCAGGAUGUGUCGCAAUCCCAUUUCAGACCCAGUAUCUGUUGAGUAGUCAUCAGAAUGUCCACUCUAAUCAGCGUCCUCAUUUCUGUCCAGUCAAAGGAUGCCCCAGAGGUGUAGGUGGUCAAGGGUUCAAGAGGAAAAAUGAAAUGAUUAGACACGGCCUUGUCCACACAUCUCCUGGGUAUAUUUGCCCUUUCUGUGCUGAUCAACAGCAUAGAUACCCCAGACCGGAUAAUCUACAGCGUCAUGUUCGCGUGCAUCACGAGGAUGUUGAUCGAGAUGACCCUCUACUUCGUGAUGUCCUUAACCAAAGACCUGAAGGUGGCAAUAGGGGGAGAAGACGACGGAUGAAUCCCUGA